AUGGAUAACACUUCUAGUUUUGUGAUCCUAUUAAAUAGCCAAAACUCCUUCGAUCUUCAUUCACCCGACCCUGAUUUGUUCUAUACCCAAGGAGUAGAUGAGUCUACCAGGAUUACCCAGUACUACAACUCAAGCCCUCUCCUCAUUGGGACAACACCAAGGGAGCUUAUACAGUGCAAGCAGAGGUGGGGAAGGAUCAACAAUCUAGUCUCCAAGUUCGUGGGAUGCUAUGACACGGCAAUGAGAGCACAGAAGAGUGGUCAAAAUGACGACGAUGUGAUGAAAGCUGCACUAGACAUCUACUACAAUGACCACAUAAUCAAGUUCAGUCUCGAACAUGCCUGGAGAGAGCUGAGACAUGACAUGAAAUGGUGCUCCACCUAUCAGGCUAAGGACAGGGGGAAGGAGAAACACAAGCAAGUGUACUCGGUCGAUGGUGAAGAUGAUGGGGGAGAACCAGAGGCUCGACCAGUUGGGGUGAAGGCUGCUAAAGCAGCUAGCAAGAAGAAGAAAAUCGGGAAAGAAGAGGACUUGUCUGUGUUACAGUCCAUGUUCGAAAUAAAAGAAAAAAUUGCAAGCCGUAAAGUCCUCGAGCGCUUACUAGCCAAAAAAGAGCCACUCUCUGAGAUGGAAACAUCUCUCAAAAACAAGCUUAUGUCAGAGAGGUUAUGA